CUCUAAUUCAAUUUGUUUCCGUCCAUGGCGAUCUGAGAGAGAGAGAGAGAGGCAAUUACCUGUGUAUCUAUAGCUGUAAUCUAGGGCAUUGUUGUUCUUAGUUCUUUUGGUCUACUAGCACACAGACAGAAAUAAUAUAUCUAUAUCUAUCAUUCUGUAUAGAAAAUGUCUCCAUCUGAUUCUUUGGAUGCGUUUCUAUUCUCCGCAAGCAGAGCCUGUUGCAGUCCGCUUGCUAUUUUUAUACAGAUUCAGGGAUGGGUAAUUUGCUUAACACUUGCUCUUGGAUGGGCUUGUGCUGCUUACGUCAGAAGUAGAGAGAUAAGACAGAUGAAGGAUAGUGUUAAACGUGGAAAUAGCUUUGCAUUUCUUUCUCAUGACAUCAAUGACCUUGAGCAUUCUAAUCAGGUCAACUUGCCAAGAGUGACAGUUGUAAUGCCUCUAAAAGGGUUUGGAGAACACAAUCUACAUAACUGGAGAAGUCAGAUUACAUCUCUAUACGGUGGUCCCCUGGAAUUUUUUUUUGUGUUGGAAAGUACAGAAGACCCAGCGUACCAUGCUGUAUCUCGUCUCUUAGCCGAUUUUAAGGAUGAUGUUGAUGCAAAGGUUGUUAUAGCGGGUUUGUCAACUACUUGUAGCCAGAAAAUUCACAAUCAGUUGGUCGGUGUGGAGAAAAUGCAUAAAGACAGCAAGUAUGUUUUAUUUCUAGAUGAUGAUGUUAGGCUGCACCCUGGUUCAAUUGGAGCCCUCACUGUUGAGAUGGAAAAGAAUCCGGAGAUUUUUAUUCAAACUGGAUACCCUCUUGAUUUGCCAUCUGGAAGUCUGGGAAGUUACUGCAUCUAUGAAUAUCACAUGCCUUGUUCGAUGGGGUUCGCUACUGGUGGAAAAACGUUCUUUCUGUGGGGAGGGUGCAUGAUGAUGCAUGCGGAUGAUUUUAGAAAUAACCGUCAUGGUGUGGUUUCAGAGCUUCGAGAUGGGGGCUACUCCGAUGAUAUGACUCUUGCAGCUAUAGCUGGGGCUCAUAAAAGGCUCAUUACGUCACCACCGGUUGCCGUUUUCCCCCACCCUCUUGCAAGUGAUCUUAGUUUUUCAAGAUACUGGAAUUACUUGAGAAAACAAACAUUUGUUUUGGAGUCAUACACCACAAAGGUUAACUGGAUAAUGAAUCGUGCAUUAUUUUCUUCCCAUUGCUAUCUGUCAUGGGGAUUCGUAGCACCAUACUUCAUGGCUGUGAUUCAUGUUGUGGCAGCACUCAGAUUCUAUUCUUCCGAAUACACACUUGAGGAAACAGGGUUUACUUUUGGUGGGUUAUUAUUAGCAGGUUGCCUAGCCAUAUGCACAGUUGUUGAACUCCUUUCUAUGUGGAAUUUGACAAGAAUAGAGGUUCAGCUAUGCAAUAUGUUGUCCCCUGAGGCGCCUCCACUGUCACUUCGUUCUUAUAACUGGUGCCUUGUAUUUAUUGCAAUGCUAGUGGAUAACUUUUUAUACACCAUCUCUGCCGUGCGUUCACAUUUUUCUCAAUCUAUCAAUUGGUCUGGCAUUCGAUACCACUUGAAAGACGGAAAGAUAAACAAGAUUGAAAGAAGCAAGGAUAAGGGUCCAAAAUAUACUGAUUUGGGAGGGAAGCAUUUAUACGGGAAGAAAGGAGCUCCACCCAAGAGAUUGAUUACUGAAUUCCUACUCGAUGCGUAUCACUUGUGCAGAGGGAACUACUUCAUUGUAUAUAGGUCUCACAUUUAUUUGAACUUUGUUCGCUUGCCAGAGAAGGAUAAAACAGAAGCCCAACAAUCAAAUGCUGAGACUACGCGGAAGGCUCAUACUUCCGACAGCUUUUGGAUCUUUGUUCACUUGCUCAAAGUUGAUAUUUCUCCCUUGCUUGUUCAAACUUCAGAACAAGGAGGCCUAGUUCUUCAAUGUAUGCAUAGGGGAUCUUGGGUUAGUCAGAAUGGCACAAUGCAGCAACCUUACCCAAGGCACAACCUUGGGUUGAGUCUCGUUGAGUCAUCGGCUAGUCAGACCCCUACCAUACCCCUUGGAUAUAGCAUUAGGGCAAUGGAUUUUGUUCUUCACAACAAAGAAACCAAAACAACAACAAAGAUGAGCUGCUUUAGGCCCAAGAGUUCCAAACCUCUCUCCUACACAAAAACCUCCUCACCUGAACCACCAAGACAACAAAUCCCAGAACCCCAGAAUGUGAACCAUGAAGUUCUGCUAUGCAUUCCAGGAUGCAAAGUUCAUGUGAUUGACAAUGGGGAAGCUUCAGAACUUGGCAAUGGUGAUUUCACACUUUUUCGGAUAUCGGAAAACAAUGUCUCUCUUGCUACUGUCAUAAAUAUUAAUGAGGAUCUUCAGUGGCCAUUGACAAAAGAUGAACCAGUAGUGAAGCUUGAUGCUCUUCACUACCUGUUUUCAUUGCCGGUGAAAGAUGGUGAUCCUUUGAGCUAUGGAGUAACUUUUUCAGAACAGAAUGGUGCCAGUUUGGGCUUGCUGGAUUCAUUUCUGAAGGAACACUCAUGCUUUUCCAGUUCAAAGUCGCCAACCCAAAAUAGAAAUGUUAAUUGGAAUGAGUUUGCACCAAGGAUUGAUGACUAUAAUAAUGUUCUAGCCAAGGCAAUUGCUGGGGGGACUGGUCAGAUUGUCAAGGGCAUCUUCAAAUGUAGCAAUUCUUACACCAACCAGGUUCAAAAGGGAGGGGAAACCAUUUUAAUUCGUGCCGUGGAUGAGAACAAUGGUGCCUCAGCAAGUGAAAGUCAAAGCAAGAAGAGCAAUAUUACCAGAAGGAAGAGUGGAGUCAAUAAAAGCCUAAAACGUGUUAGAAAGCUGUCCAAGAUGACUGAAAAGAUGAGCAAAGCUAUGCUUAAUGGAGUUGGCCUUGCUACCGGCUCAGUGAUGACACCAGUGGUUCGAUCCCAAGCAGGGAAGGCAUUCCUAGCCAUGGUUCCCGGAGAGGUCCUCUUGGCUUCUCUUGAUGCAGUCAACAAGGUUCUAGAUGCAGCUGAAGUUGCAGAGAAACAAGCCUUCUCUGCUACAUCUGGAGCUGCAACCAGGAUGGUCAGUAACAGGUUUGGGGAAAGUGCGGGGGAGGCGACAGAGGACGCUCUUGCAACUGCAGGACAUUGUUUUGGGAUUGCUUGGAAUAUCUUCAAGAUACGGAAGGCGAUUAAUCCUGCCUCAUCUGUCUCCUCAGGAGUACUGAAGAAUGCUGCGAAAGUUAGGAAAUACUAA